CACACAUACAUACACACACACACGCUCGCUCGCUCGCUCACAGGCACGCGCACUCUACUGGACACUGGCUCGCGCUAUCUCCUGUCCUCUUCAAGCCAACGCGACUUUUGCACUUCGAAAAGCAGGUAGGAAUAUUGAAACAUCCCCCGGAGUUCGCCGCUGUUAUCGGAAUGAUAUCUUAUCAUUCGGGGCGUCAAAGGUGCUGGAUUGGAAGCUGAGAUCUAAACAACAUGUUGAUCGAGCUCUGACUAAAGAAGCAGGAGUAAAAAGCAAAUAUGGUCCGUCAAAGAGGCAAAACAAGAUGCACAGCCCACUUUCUGAAGACCAAAGUUGACUGACUCGGACAAGUGACUCGUGUCUGAGUCUAAAUGUGUCAGACGAAGCUGCAGACAAUUACAGGAUAUAGACGCCUUCACAUCUUCUCAUUUUAGAACACCCAGCUGUCAAAAAAGGGGGGUCAGUUGAAACUGUCUUUGCCAACAGCACAUUUGGGAGUAUUUUUCCUCAGUUGUGCUGAGAACCAAGCAAUGGCCAUGGUGAGAGGGGGGUGGGGAGAUCCCAACGGGGAGACUAAUGGUCUUGGUGACAAGGGGUAUCUGAGGGGAGAUGAGGACGACGGGUCACCCCAAGGAGGCGGCAGCGACAUGGAGGCCGGGGAGGAUGAUAAAGGUUGUGUGGUUGACUGUGUGGUCUGCGGUGACAAGUCCAGUGGGAAACACUAUGGUGUGUUUACUUGUGAGGGCUGCAAGAGCUUCUUCAAACGGAGUGUCCGACGAAACCUUAACUAUACCUGCAGAUCAAACAGAGACUGCCAGAUUGACCAACAUCACCGCAACCAGUGUCAAUAUUGCCGUUUAAAGAAGUGUUUCAGAGUUGGAAUGCGCAAAGAAGCAGUUCAGCGUGGACGCAUCCCACCUUCGCAUUCAAGCCUCAGCCCAUCCACGACUCCAGUGGGCGGUAAUGCCGGCAGCGGCGUGAGCGAGAUCUACAACGGGCAGCCGGUGUCUGAGCUCAUCUCCCAGCUCCUGCGGGCAGAGCCUUACCCUAACAGCCGCUACAGCCAUCAGUACAACCAGCAGAUGCAGGGGGGCGGAGGAUCCAUGGGCAUCGACAGCAUCUGCGAGCUAGCCGCCAGACUCCUGUUUAGCAUCAUCGAAUGGGCCCGAAACAUUCCUUACUUCCCUGAGCUGCCUGUAUCUGAGCAGGUGGCCUUGCUGCGGCUCAGCUGGAGCGAACUGUUUAUUCUUAACGCAGCCCAAUCUGCCCUGCCCCUGCACAUGGCCCCGCUGCUCGCCGCCGCAGGCUUUCACUCCUCUCCCAUGUCUGCUGAGAGGGUGGUGUCCUUCAUGGACCAGGUGCGUGUCUUCCAGGACCAAGUAGAGAAGCUAACCCGCCUGCAAGUGGAUUCAGCAGAGUACAGCUGUCUGAAGGCCAUAGCACUCUUCUCACCAGAUGCAUGUGGGCUGACAGACCCGGCUCAUGUGGAAAGCCUGCAGGAAAAAGCUCAGGUGGCCCUGACCGAGUACGAGCGCAUGCAGUACCCCGGGCAGCCCCAGCGUUUUGGACGCCUCCUACUGCGACUGCCUGCUCUGAGGGCCGUGCCCGCCAACCUUAUCUCUCAGCUCUUCUUCAUGCGCCUCGUGGGCAAAACGCCCAUUGAGACUCUCAUCCGUGACAUGCAGCUUUCUGGCAGCUCCAUAAGUUGGCCGUAUGUUCCCGGACAAUAACCAUUAUCAAAUAUGACCACAAACCAGUUUGAACGCCUCUGAACUGCACAACUAGUGAGGAUCUCAGUCUAAUUUUUCCAAGCACACAUUCACAUCUGAUAUUCACUGUAUCACCUAAUGCAACGGGGUCAUACUACAGGAAUGGUGAAUUCAGUAGUACAUGGCAGAAAGCUUGAUCUAUGCUCUUUGAAUGCUCUUAUGUGGCCCAGAUGCAUUCUUAAAAAAAUAACUUGAGAAAUAUUGGUUAUCUGAUGUAAGGUAGAGUUUUAUAGCAAGUUAGCGAGCAUGAAAGUCACUUUGGACUGUCCCUGGAGGCAGCAGGAGAUCAAGUCCUUGUGUACCAGAAGGCCUGGAGGAGGAGGAAGUACACAUGAUGACAUCCAAAAACCUAUACAAACCAAACUAAAAUGGUCAGAAUUGGGACUUAAACAUUUGUUUUGCCAAUGAUAACUACUUGGUUUGUAUUUUUAGCUCUUUUUUUUCCCCCUAUCAAUGCUAAUGCAUUUCCAUGAGGAGAGAUUGAAAUUUGCAAAAGCUAAUGCAAGAGGUUGGAUCAUGUUUUGUGAAAUAACCAUUUGACAAAUUAAUUGCGAACUGUAUUUGUACUUUGAGUUAAGGUACAGGCUUAUCUCUUUGAGAAUUAUUCAUUUUACUUUACUGCACGCUGCUGCAUUUGAGAUGACGAAGUAGUCUUUUUUUUAGAUUGAAAAACCGAAUCUUCUACUGGUUUUAUUCUGCUUUUCAUGCUUUUUUUUCAUACUGACCAGUUAGUGCUAAACUGGUAAGUUUUUUUUAACCUGGUGUGAUUAUGUAUGUCGACUAAAAGAAAUACCUCUACGGUCUGUUGAGACUCAAACCGACUUCAGUCUUUCAUGGCUGGGUCAGUUUUUUAAUUUAUCAACACACUUGAGCUGCUCACUUUACACUAAAGAGGAGUGAUUGGAUCUGUCUAUGUUUGCGGUACAAGGCCAUUGGUGGUAAGAAACUGCCACUGCCUGACUGUUUUGUCUUUUGUGGAGCAGUGCUCUGGUGGGCGUUUUACAGGUGACAGCAUGUUGUAUUUGGCUCUUGUUGUGAGAUGUAAGUUUUCUAGCCUUAUCAUACAUGUGAAUGACUAAUAUUACCUCAUAUUUAGGCCUUGAAAUGUAUCAGGUGGUCUAAUAUAUCCAAAACGGCAACGUGUACAGUUUUCAUUUUAAUAUCUAUGUCCUUUUAAAUACUUGUGUAUGACAGCGUGAUUAAACCGAAGUAUCAUACAUUGAA